AUGAAAGUGGUUACUAUUAUAAUACUACUUUUCUUUUGUAAAGCAGCCUACUUUAGGAAGACAAGGAAUGGGAGUUUGAGAAACAAAGCAAAUAAUGGAAGGACAAACAGCUUAAGAAAAGCAUCUAGUACUGUUAAGCGUUAUGCCCCAGGCCUCCCCUGUGAUGUGUAUACUUAUCUUCAAGAGAAAUACUUAGAUUGCCAAGAAAGAAAACUGACUUUUGUGUCUCCUGAUUGGCCUGAGGAUUUAAGACACAUGCUGCUAGCAAGAAAUAGGAUUCGCAAACUGAAGAAUAAUAUGUUUUCCAAGUAUAAAACGUUAAAAAGUCUGGAUUUACAACAGAAUGAUAUAUCAAAAAUUGGAAGUGAGGCUUUUUUUGGUUUAAACAAACUUACCACACUCUUACUUCAGCAUAACCAGAUUAAGAUUUUAUCAGAGGAAGUUUUUAUUUAUAUGCCCCUUCUAAACUACCUGCGUCUUUAUGAUAAUCCUUGGCAUUGCACCUGUGAGAUGGAAACUCUUAUUACGAUGUUGCAGGUUCCAACAAACAGGAACUUGGGAAAUUAUGCCAAGUGUGUACACCCAAUAGAACUGAAAGAUCAAAAGCUAAAGCAGAUAAAAGCUGAACGUCUAUGUACUGAAGAGGAAAGACUGGACCCCAAAAAUAUAGCAGCAGCAAAGCCUAAAGUUGUCAAACCAGAAUUUGAUUCCUCUCUUUGUCAUAUUUAUGUAUUUCCCAUACAAACAUUGGAUUGCAAAAGAAAAGAGUUAAAGCAAGUUCCAGGUAACAUACCUCCAGAUAUUGUUAAACUCGAUUUAUCUAACAACAAAAUCAAACAACUACGAGCCAAGGAGUUUGAAGAUGUUAAUGAACUGAAGAUAUUAAACCUUAGCAGUAAUGGAAUAGUUUACAUAGAUCCUGCUGCUUUUUCAGGACUCAUUAACUUAGAGGAGCUUGAUUUAUCAAACAACACACUGCAAAAUUUUGAAUAUGGAGUAUUAGAAGACCUCUACUUUUUGAAAAUAUUAUGGCUGAGAGAGAACCCUUGGAGAUGUGAUUACAACAUUCAUUACCUUUUCUACUGGUUAGAGCAUCACUACAAUGUUCACUACACUGGCCUAGAAUGCGAAACGCCUGAGGAAUACAAAGGGUGGUAUGUUGGAAAAUAUGUCCGAAGUUAUUAUGAGGAGUGCCCAAAAGACAAGCUGCCAGUUUAUCCAGAAACAUUUGAGCAGGACAAAGAAGAUGAGGAAUGGGAAAGACACAAAGAACAAUCAGUUCAAACAGUAAAGAAGCAUGGUGUAAUUGUCACUGUAAUCGGUUAA